UGGAAGAUAAUAAAAAUAACAAUACUCCAUUUAACGUGAUGAUAUUACAAAAAUAUAAGAGUAAACCUUUAUAUAAACAUAUUCUUAAUUAAUUUGUACGGGCUUAUACUUAAGCGAUCGGGUGCGGUUGUGCGGGUACGCACAAGACCAGCCUAUUUAAUAUGUUACAAAAAAUAAAGAAUCAUAGAAGUAUAAUUUAACACAAACAAAAAUUAACCCGUGCAUCGCACGGGCUUAAAUCUAGUUAUUUAUUAAUAUUACGCAUAUACAAUUUCAUUCAAAACAAACACUCUCAUAAUUAAUAAAAAUAAAUCUAAAAUAAAGUUCAAUGCAAAAUAAAAAACUAAUCUAAUAUAAUAUAUAAAUUUGGUAUAUAUGAGUUCUAUUUAAACAUAACAAUUUAGUAGAAUCCAUGCAUCGCACGGGCUAAAAUCAGUACAAAACAAAACCACGUGCUUUUCUCAGUCACCCUUACCAGCCUUCUUUAUGCCCUCGAAUCAUCUUCUCCUCUGCUCGAUUAAACGCUCAAUUGGAAGCUCAAAUUGAAGAUUUAUCCUGUUCUCAAAUUGAAUCAUAGCAUCCCCUGGAUUGUUGAGCUAGUUGUUUGUAUGCACAGAGGAAAAACGUUAGUCACAUUCUCAAUUUCUCAAGUUUGUAGGAUCUUCCCCUCACCGAUUCAAAGUGGGAUCCCGAUACUAACCACCUUGGAACCACUAGCUUGUAUGGAUUUCAGGUUGAAACCAUGUACUUCCUCACCAGAUGGUAGCCUAGUAUUAGAUAGGCUAUCCAGUUUGCCUAUUGAAUUGCUGAUUCAGAUACGUUCUUUGCUUCCUACCAAGGAUGCCGUUGCUACUUGCUUGUUGUCUAGAAGAAUUAGUCGUGCUUUUCCGGAGAUUACAAGCCUAGACUUCAGCCAUUCACCUAUAUCCCAUUGUCUGGAACAUCCCUAUGCAAUCCAACGUUUUCCUGCUUUUGUAACUUUUGUCGAUACUAUCCUCCAUGCAUACGAGCCUCGGUAUCUCUCCAGAUUUUUGCCAAGGCUAAUUUCAAGCUGCCCCCUACUUGAAACACUUGUUUUUCCAAGCGUAAGCGUUUGCAGGGAUCGACUCUGCAUCCUUUUGAUGAUAUCGGUUCUGAUGAGGAGUCGGAACAAGAGUUUUUCCAAAAAACUCUAGCAAUUGUUCCUUCAUGUUGCAGAUCUUACCUUAAAAGAAUUGUGAUUAAAUGUUACUAUGGGACGGAAAGGGAAGUAGGUUUGAUCCAGUUUUUGCUGAGACAUGCAUUUGUUUUGGAGGAAUUGAGGUUAUGGUCACUGGUCACUUCAGUAACGCAUUCAGUUGCAGAUCAGAUGACGCUCGAGAGCACAUUGCAAAAUUUACCAAGGGCUUCACCCACCUGCUCAAUUCAAGUACAUCUUAUCCUGCUCACUUGAAAUUCUGUAUUAGUUAUGUUUAUGCGGCUACCUGCUAUUUGGCAUUUGACAUUAGACAUUUAUAUUACUACAUACUAGCAAGAGUUUAUAGAGCUCUCUGCAUUUUAUUCUGCAAUAUGCCCUUCCUAGUAGGGGUGUAAGUGGAUUGAGAAAAGUCCAAAGUCCAAUCCAAUCCAGUCCAAACUUGUCGGACUUGAAAAUUUUUGGAUCGGACUCGGACUCAGACUCAAAUUACCAAGUCCAACUAUUUUUGGACUGGACUUGGACUUGGACUCGACCUUUUGGAGUCCAAAAAUCCAAUCAAGUCCAAAGUUUUAUGAUUUUAUUUAUAGAGAAGCAUAUGUAAUUUAAAAACUAUUGUAAAAUAUGUGAUAUUUGGGCCUUUAAUAACUAUGUGCAACAAAAAAACAACAAAAUAUCACACUCCAUAUAAAACCCAUAUCAACCUCUUUCUCCCGUCGGCUGUGAUAGUUGAUUGUUGAUCUUUGUUAUACAUACUUUUUUUAAGAACUAUAACCUUUUUGCUAAGGUGUUGAUUUGUAAGACAUAUUGUUAUUUAUAAUUAUAUCUAUUGGUUAAUGGCUAUUUAUUUACGCUUUAUGGAAGAGUAACUUGUAGUUGUAGGUGUUAAAACAUUUCAUAACCAAUAUUUAGUACUCGUAUAUUUUAUUUUAUGUGUCAGAAAUGUUAGCCGGUAACAAUAUUAUUUGCAUUAUGAUCGAAAUAUUUGACUUUAACUUUUUUUAUAAAAAAGAAUUAAAAUGAAGUUUCUUUUCUAAUAAAAAUUCGGAUCGGAUUGGACUGGAUUCGGACUGAAGAAAUUUUUUAUGGAUCGGACUGGAUCGGACUCGAAAAAAGUUUGGAUCGGACUCGGACUCAAAUAUCCAAGUCCAAAAUUUUUUGGAUUGGAUUUGGACUUGGCAAAGUCCAAUCCAGUCCAUCCAAUUUACACCCCUACUUCCUAGUAUACCUAUGUGGGCAAGCGUAUAUUGGUAAUUGGUACAGUAAUGGGCUUUAUUUCUUCAUUAAUAAAUGAUAUCAGGUUUUCAUCUACUCAAUGUCUUCAUAGCACUUACUUUCGGAUACUGCUUUUUGGGUUCUCAUUCCAAUUUCCAAGUUACUGUCUUGCUCAAGCUGUUACACUUAUGUAGUGGAUAUGCUUGUGGAACCUGGAGGGGUUUCCUUUUUAAAUGUAGUUGCCUCCAUUAGAUGCUUGAUUGCUUGAUGCCUAAGGAGCCAGUUCCUAAGUCUUCAAAACUUUAGGUAAUCAUCUUGUUUAUUGCUUUGAAACUUGGGAUGUUGAACUUAAGUUGCAAUUAAAUUAUGCAGAUUAUAGUCCUAAGAGUUAAUUUUUUUUUUCUACUGUAAUUUACCCUGAUGCAAAAGUCUGAUGUAUGGAUAUAUAAUAUAGGAUUCUAUUAUUUAUUUUGGUAUUUUGUUGACUAG